CAGUAAAUUAUCUUUAGUGGGAAAACAUUUUAAAUAUUUUCCAUUUAUAGCAAGUAUAGAGCUUUAGUUUCCUGCAUUCUUACACAUUUUUUUUUCAGUUCGUUGCAAAUUUUCGAUCUUUGUUUCAAACUGAUGUUAGGUGUAAAGUGGUACCAAUCAAAAGCCAGCGUUAAGUCCCCUUUUAUGUACAUUAAGUUGUAAACGGUUGGCACUGGAUAGCUAUUUGGAUCCCAGCCCCAGGCAGCAGUAUCUCCUAUGAUGCCCUCUCACGUGGCUGGAGGAAUGAAUCAUUCUUCUUUGAGAUCCGGAAUGCUUUCCCAAGGAGAUGGGAGAUCCCAGGUUGCAGGGAGUUCUCAGUUGAAUUCAAAUUUCAAUAACUUGUCGAAUUCAAUACCCGGAAAUGCAUGUCCCAACAUGGGUCCAGUUUCUGGGGGUGUUGGCAACACAGUCUUAAAUGGUGUGGCAAGCUCUGGACCAAGUGUUGGGGCAAAUUCUUUGGUCACUGAUGCCAACUCAGGACUUUCAGGGGGUCCCCUUCUGCAGAGAAGUGCCAGCAUCAAUAAGGAAUCUUAUAUGCGCCUACCUGCAUCACCAAUGUCAUUCUCAUCUAAUAACAUUAGCAUCUCUAGCUCUUCUGUCGUAGACGGAUCCUCUAUUGGGCUGCCAGGUUCUAAUCAAAACUCAAACUCUCAACAAGCCCAGCAAAGUCAGCAGCAUCAGGGAGCUUCAAAUGCGACAUCUUUGCCUACAUCAGGGAUGGGGCAAGUUCAGCUUCCUGGUGUUCCAAAGGUCCUUAGUUCCAUAAUUCAGGAUCCCACUAUUAUGUCUCAGCUACAAAAGAAACCUCGCUUGGACAUCAAGCAGGAAGAUAUUCUACAACAACAGGCUCUGCAGCAACUGUUGCAGAGACAAGAUUCAAUGCACUUACAAAACUCAAACCCACAGUUGCAAGCUUUGAUUCAGCAGCAGAGACUACGGCAACAGCAACAGCAACAGCUCCUACAGUCCAUGCCACCAAUGCAGAGGGUUCAGUUUUUGCAGCAACAGCAACAGCAACAGCAGCAGCAGCUGCAGCUAAGACAGCAGCUUCAACAACAGGGAAUGCAGCCCGCAUCUUCCGUGAAGCGCCCUUAUGAUGGUGGUGUAUGCUCACGUCGGCUAAUGCAAUACCUGUAUCAUCAGAGACAGAGACCUCCUGAUAACACUAUUGCCUAUUGGAAAAAAUUUGUUGCUGAGUACUACUCCCCACGUGCGAAGAAGAGGUGGUGUCUAUCCUUGUACAAUAAUGUUGGGAAUCAUUCGCUUGGGGUAUUUCCGCAGGCAGCAAUGGAUGCAUGGCAGUGUGACAUUUGUGGUUCAAAAUCUGGGAGGGGAUUUGAGGCAACUGUUGAAGUGCUCCCCAGACUUAAUGAAAUCAAAUUUGGCAGUGGUGUCAUCGAUGAGCUCUUGUUUUUGGACUUGCCUCGUGAAUAUAGAUUUCCUUCAGGAAUGAUGAUGCUUGAGUAUGCAAAGGCAGUUCAAGAAAGCAUAUAUGAGCAACUCCGUGUGGUUCGCGAGGGUCAUCUUCGUAUCAUUUUCAGCCCUGAUUUGAAGAUAUUAUCUUGGGAAUUUUGUGCACAGCGUCAUGAGGAACUUCUUUGUCGUAGAUUGGUUGCGCCACAGGUAAAUCAAUUGCUGCAGGUUGCCCAGAAAUGCCAAAGCACAAUUUCUGAAAGUGGACCUGAUGGCAUUUCUCAGCCUGAUUUACAGGCAAACAGUGUUAUGGUUGUAACGGCUGGACGUCAGCUUGCUAAGAGUUUGGAGCUACAAUCGCUUAAUGACUUGGGAUUUUCCAAACGAUAUGUUCGGUGCCUUCAGAUUGCUGAGGUUGUCAAUAGCAUGAAAAAACUGAUGGAUUUCUGCAGAGAACAAAAAGUUGGGCCAAUUGAGGGCUUGAAAAAUUUUCCACGACACACCACUGUGCCGAAGAUCGAGAUGCAAGAGAUGGAGCAGAUGGGAGGUGUUCAGGGUAUGCCAUCUGAUUCCAAUGCACUAAAUAAGGUAAUGGCAUUGAAUCCAGGGACCAACAGUCAAAUGAAUAAUAACAAACAUAUGGUUGCUCGAGGAGCUUUGAGUGGCUCAGCACAGGCUGCUCUUGCAUUGACAGACUAUCAAAAUUUGCUGAUGAGACAAAACUCAAUAAAUUCAACCCACAAUUCAAUUCAGCAGGAGGCAUCUUCUUCGUUCAGUUAUUCUAGCCAAUAUCCGACUUCAUCAAUUUCUGGGUUGCAAAAUGCACCGGGCGGUGGCUUCUCGAGUUCCCAUGUACCACAGCAGCAGCAAGGGCUGCAGCGUUCAUUAAGUUGUAAUGGUUUAUUACUACAAAAUCAACCCCAGCCCUCUCACAGGAGCCAAAUGUCACAACAGCAAACGAUCCAGCAAUUAUUGCAGCAUAUGAACAAUAACAAUGGUGGGGGCGGAGUUCAACAGCAGUCCCUUUCGAUUCAGGGCCCUUCAGCAGCAACUACUCCUGCUGCAAAUGGACAAGGCAAUGUUGUUGGACACCCACCAAGCAGAAGCAACAGUUUCCAGUCUGCUUCAAAUAAUGAGUUCUCAUUUACCCAUAAACCAUCAGAUUUGCCACAGAAUCUUCAUUUAUCAGAGGAAAUGGUACAAGAAAUUGCCCACGAGUCCAUGGAAAAUGGAUUUUUUAACAAUGAUAUUGAUGACAGCAUAAACUAUAUGUGGAAAUAA